AUGGUCAACCUGACGACUCUGAAGCUACCGAAUGAGCCCAUGUUUAAGGGCCUGGUAUGGCUGGCUGAGAAUGAACCGGAGCCUGCCAUCUUCGACUCUCGCUACGGUGUAGAGGCCGAUAUUGUCCAGCUACUUGCAGAUGUACAUCAGGUCAGACAGCUGCUGUAUGAGACCCUCCCGGAGGGACUGUUCGACACGCAGGGAAGAAUCUGUAAAGAGAAGCCGUUUAUCGGUGUGUUGAUUCCGACAAGCUAUGAUUUCAUCGUUGCUGCCGUGGCGAUUUUGGCUGUGGGAGGGGCUAUUAUGCCACUGGGACUCAAUCUCCUGUGUGAAGAAUCAUCCGAGCUACUGAACAGAUGCUCGGCAACUGGCAUUGUCACCAACAUGGAACAUCACUACCGUGCCCUGCAGAUGCAAGAGCAUGGAAGAUCCCACAACAAGCACUGGCCCAUUAUCCCCAUUACAACUAUCUACGGAUCACCCGCUCAACGAAAGAAUAUCAACAUUCGACCGGAGGUUGAUCCCGCCAUGACUAUUACCCCCAACACGCCCAGCGCGAUCAUUUUCACCUCCGGAACCAGCGGUCCCCCCAAGGGCGUAGUCCAUGUACGACGGCUGUUCAAUUACACAACGCUGCGGACGGAGCCCAAGACUUCUCUCUGCUAUCAACCCGCCCACUGGGUGAGUGGCUUUCUGCUUCUGAUCUGUCGGCCCCUUUGCGGACAUCGACUGGUCAUCUCCAACAGCAGUUGGGGAGAUCUGUGGGAGGCAUUGCGCAAGGGGGGAAUUCAUGGGUUUUGGGGGGUUCCUACAACGUGGGAGAAAAUGAAGACUUAUUUCGACGAGAAUAUAAAACCGCAAGGGCCUGAGAUGGUGCAGGAAUAUCUCCGGGGCAUCGAGAGUCUUGAGACUAUUCGAGUUACUGGGGCUUUUGCCACCCCUGAAGUGAAAAACUUCUGGAAAGACUUGUUCGGACGACCCAUGGAGAGCGGAUAUUCGACGACCGAACUUGGGGGAAUGGGAAUCUCAUGCGUUCCUGAUACCAAUCACGAGAUUGAGCGCUGUAUCGGAGAACCGCAGCCGGACGUUACAGUUAAACUCUCGGACGGGGACUCGGGGGAGCUGCUGGUCAAAACCCCGCCCAUUUUCUCGCACUACUUGAACGAUCCUGUCGCGACGGAGGCAGCUUUCGAUUCGGACGGCUACUUCCGAACAGGGGAGUUUGUCCGCCAGGUUGGGACGCAAUAUGUCCUUGAUGUCAUCCGAACCAAAGGACAUCGGAUUUCCAUUCUGGAGGUAGAAUCCCAACUGAUAGCGCUUCCAUACGUAUCGGAAGGAUACGUGCUGGAGGCAGCAGAUCGCGACGGAGACCGCGUGGCAGCUUUGAUCCGUCUGCGUCCAGACGUUUUGAAGAGCCCGAGCGUGCGACAAUUGCGCAUCGAUCUGCACCGCACUCUGUACGCCUUCCAACUGCCCACGGCGCUGCGAUUCCUUCGCGACGGCGAGGACGUGCCUCGUACCGACACGGGCAAGUUGAUCCGCAGACGCGCAGCCCAGACAUAUUUCGCCCCCCGGGAGGAUUACAGCUAUCCAGAUGAGGUGGAAACGUGUGAUUGGCACGAGGAAGUGGGCGAUGGGGUGAAAGCAUGGGACUGGGGAGGGAGACCGUAUUAG